AUUUGUGCAAUUACAAAGAAGAUUAUGGGAAGUGAGUUAGUAGAAGUAGCCAAAAUGAGUCCAUCAACAGUACUAAGUAAUGGAGAGUUGAAAAAUACAGCUUCUUUCACACCAUCUCCUCAUCUUCUUGAUUCUACUAUUCCAAAAACACCCAAAAGUCCAUUUUCUGCAAAAAUAUUAAUGAGCCCAUUAGCCAGUCCUAUGAAGAAAGCUUUAACAUAUAUGGAAGAAAUUGGAAAUCUCACAAAGCUUCCUGAUCCUCAAGAAGCUUGGCUUCCAAUUACUGAGUCAAGAAGUGGGAAUGCAUAUUAUGCUGCGUUUCAUACACUUAGUUCUGGACUUGGAGUCCAAGCUCUUGUUCUUCCCCUUGCUUUUAUUACUCUUGGAUGGAUAUGGGGAAUAAUAAGCCUGUCGCUAAUAUUUAUGUGGCAAUUAUACACACUUUGGUUACUGAUCCAACUUCAUGAAUCUGUCCCUGGCAUGCGCUAUAGCCGCUAUCUUCGCCUCUCUGAGGCUGCCUUCGGUGAAAAGCUGGGGAAGAUAUUGGCCCUAUUUCCAACAAUGUACCUAUCAGGUGGUACUUGCGUUACACUUAUUAUGAUUGGAGGUAGCACUAUGAAGAUUUUCUUCCAAACUGUUUGUGGUUCAAAUAGCCAUAUAACCCCUCUAAGUACCAUAGAGUGGUACAUUGUGUUCACUGUCUCAGCCAUAAUUCUUGCUCAGCUUCCUAAUUUAAAUUCCAUUGCUGGAGUUUCUCUUAUUGGUUCGAUCUCCGCUGUGACCUAUUGUACCUUAACAUGGGUAAUUUCUGUCAUCAAAGAAAGGCCACAAGGUGUUUCCUUUGAACCUGUUGAAAAUAAAUCUGAUAUUGCAAGAAUUUGUAGCAUUUUGAAUGCUAUUGGAAUGAUAGCUUUUGCAUUCAGGGGCCAUAAUCUUGUUCUUGAGAUACAGGGUACAAUGCCUUCUAACUUAAAGAACCCAUCUCAUGUGCCAAUGUGGAAAGGAGUCAAGUUUUCAUAUUCUAUCAUUGCUUUGUGUUUGUUUCCACUGGCAAUUGGAGGCUACUGGGCUUAUGGAAACCUGAUGCCAAAUGGAGGAAUACUGAGUGCAUUGGACAAGUACCACGGAAAAGACACUUCAAAAGCAAUUCUAGGGAUAACAAGUUUACUGGUGGUAGUCCAUUGCCUUACCUCAUUCCAAAUCUAUGCAAUGCCAGUUUUUGACAAUUUGGAGUCUAGGUACACCAACAAGAAGAAAAAACCCUGUCCAUGGUGGCUUAGAACAGGUUUGAGGGUAUUCUUUGGAUGCCUAGCAUUUUUCAUAUCAGUGGCACUUCCCUUUUUGCCAAGUUUGGCUGGGCUCAUUGGUGGCAUUGCUCUGCCAGUUACUCUGGCAUAUCCUUGUCUAAUGUGGAUAAUGAUCAAGAAACCAAAGACAUAUACUUCAAGUUGGUUUGUUAAUUGGUCUCUUGGACUUUGGGGCUUGGUUCUAAGUGUUCUUUUGGUAUUUGGUGCUAUAUGGACUAUAGCAACUCAAGGUCUGGAUGUCCAUUUCUUCAAGCCCCAGUGAAGACCAAAGAGGUUCAGAAAAUCGCGAUAAAAAUCUAACUAGUACUCUACGGGAUAACUUCAUUGGUCUAAACUGGGUAGAAAAAGAACCUUAACAGCAGUCAACCAACUAGAUGUGCAAGUUGCGACCUCUUCAUGUACUCUGUACAUAUAAAAGCAUACAAGCACUUAUAUCUUGUCGUUAGUUUCAAUGAUACAGUAUGUAAAAAUCCUAAUGAUUGUUAAGGGAAACAAAGUUCAGACUUCAAAGAUCAACAUC